GGCUCGGUUCCGUUGGCUGCUUCACAUGCCACUCAACAGAGUGGCCUUGUUGGCGCGGCCUCGGUGUUUGUGGGGCAGCUGGAGGAGGCGGGAGGUGGCAGUAGCCUCCGCUCUCCGGGCCCCGCUGGCCUUAAAGGGACAGGCGCCCUCCGCGGGCGCCGUUUUGCGACAUGGCGGUGGCGGGGGACCUAGAGAACACGGUGAGCCCGGAGGAGAGCGGCAGGCCCUGAAACCACCUCCGGUUUCCCUUACGUCCGCGCGGGGGGGGGGGGGGAAGCGGAGAUGAAGGCGCUCUGUACAUGCGCAGGGGCACGCUCGCCCGUGAGGGUGAACUUCGCGGAUCCUCGGCGCUGGCACAGUGUAAGGAGGGAUCUCCAAGCGAGCCCAUCUUCGCACCCAGAGCACUUUCAGCUCUCAACGGCAUUCAUUUUGUUGCAUUUGUAGCCCGCCUUUCUCCCCGCGAGCUCAAGGCGGCGGGCGAGUUUCUCUUCCUCCCCGUUUUAUUCCCGCAACAACCCCGUGAGGUAGGGUGGGCUGAGAGAGAAAGUGUAAGGCCACCCAAGGGAGUGAUUUAAACCCUGGUCGCAAUAUUUGACAGAGGUCAAUAGUCGGGGCUCUGCAGGGCAUUAAGCACCCACUUCCAGGCCUGGUAUUUGAGAUCUUUCCCCACCAUAACUGGGUAUACUGUAGUGGGACACUGUACUGGACACCUUCACCUUCAGAAGGUCCCUUGCUCUCUAACACUGAACUUUUGCCUUUCCGCAGCUUCUUCCACAGCAUCUCACAUCGCAUUUUGGAUAUCUUCCAAGUUCUCUCCAUCACACUUUGCACUUAGCUUCCUGCGUGCUCAGAAGCCCUCACUGUUCGUUUUAGAUGGUCCACCCAUCGCAUAGGUGCUCAUAGAAUUGUAGAGAUGGGUUAUCUGGUCCAACCCCCUGCAAUGCAGGAAUCCUGCAUUCUGGUUAACAGCAUUGACCCGUUGCACCACAGAGGGCCAUCCCCUAGUCUUUCAAAAUCGCAGGCUGAUGCUGCUUUACUCUCCCAUCAUGUCUUUUCCAAAUGCCCUACAAAUGUCCCUAAGAACAUAGAAAGAAUCUGCUGGGUCUGGCCAGCGGCCCUUAUAAAUGUAAGGAACCGCAGAAAGAGGGAGGAGGGAGUCGAAAUAGAAAAUGUUAAAACUACAGUAUGGUUAAACUAUGGUUACCUCUGGGUAUAAGGUGGUAUAUAAAUUCAAUGAAUGAAUUAAUUAAAAAUUAAAAGAAAAAGGCCAGUGGCUCAUUUAGUUCAGCAUCUUCUUAUCACAGUCGGCAACCGGAUAGAUGUCUGUGGGAUACCAGUGAGCAGAACAAGAGUGUUUUCAUCUCCUGUGGUUUCCAGUAAUUAGAAUUCAGGGCCACACCUGUUUUAUUCUUGCAGUCAGUCUGGCUCAGAGUGACUGCAACUCCUAUCCAUAGCUGUCAAUUUUUCCCUUUUCUUGCGAGGAGUCCUAUUCGGAAUAAGGGAAUUUCCCUUUAAAAAAGGGAAACGUUGAUAGCUAUGCUCCUAUCAGCCUUAACCUUGGGCCAUGCUAUGUUGUGUCCGAUGGAAACUGGAGUCCAACAACAUCUGGAGAGCCACAAGUUAGCCACUGUAGCUUUUCUAAGUAAGUGUUCAUAGGGUUGGCCCAUGGAUCCAUGCUCUAAAUAUAUUAGCUGAGAGCUAUGCUCCCUUUGAUUCCUUUCUGGAAUCUCUAAGAUUGUAGGGUCAGACUACUAAAAAUCCUCAGCCUCCUACCUCUUUCUUUGUAUUGUCUGCUUGCUUUCAGGGAUUCACUUGAGUGCUUUUGCAGAAUGAAUAAUUCUGAUUAGUUUCUCUCAUCUACCCCCUGUCUUUUAAGUCUCCAGUUUCGUAUUCCAGGAGAGAAGCUUGGUGACAGUGUUGCAUAGGGACCAGCUGAGCAACAUACGGAAACUAAGCAUUUAUCACUUAAACUGGACUCAGGUUAUGGACAAUAAGCCAUAAAAGAUGCAUGUGCUGCCCUCUGCCAUGUGGCUUAAGCCAUUCACUGAAGGUGUGUAGGAGGCAGGCAAAGGGGUUGAAAAAUAGCUACAGUGAAAGCGUGAUCAUGGCAGCUCAAUUGUAGCCAUGCCCAAUUUGACUGUUAAUGUUUAAUUGCAAUCAUACUUGCAAAUGAGACUAAGAGGGGCUUCGUAGCCGUUCACUACCUACUUUUUGUAACUCUUCUGUGCUUGAUCAUCUAGACUAGACACUUAUUUAUCAGAGGCGAUCAGAUUUGGCCACCUACAAGCCAACGUGGAAUCAAUCUGAAGUUGUUUGGACACUUCUGAACAGGCAGGACUGAGGGACACAGUCAUAGCAUGGGUCAAGUUUGUUGACUGCAUUUCCCCCGUCACCGGGGAACUCAGGAUAAUGUUCCUGGCCAGCUCUUAUCUCUGCUAUCUUGCCUUUCCUCCAAGGAGCUCAAAAUUCUAUAAUCUCCCUCUAAUAUCCUGCAAAAUCCACUUAGUAGGAAAGUAAGUUCUGUUGAACUUGGUGGCACUUCAGUCAAAGUAAACUUGAAUAGAGUUGAAGUGCAAGUUUCCUGGAUAGCUCAGUUGGUUAGAGCGUGGUGCGGGUAGCGCCAAGGUUGCAGGUUCGAUUCCCGUAAGGGACACCUGCACAAUCCUGCAUUGCAAGGGUUUGACUAGGUGGUCCUCUGGGUCCCUUCCAACUCUAUGAUUCUAAAUAUUCUCCAUGACCCUAGUCUGCCACUGAAACCACUGUGCCACACUUGCUUGGUGUUUUCUGUCAUGCUGCUCCUGUUGGCUAUGUGGUGAACUUAGGUUUUCCUAAAGACCUACUUCUUCGUCAAAGGCUUUUUGGACGCUCAUUCUAAUUGCACUCUGAAAACUCAAAUUGGUCUUUCUGGACUGAUGAGGCACCCUCUGUGUCUAUCAGACAGCUCAACUGACCAUCUCCACCUCUUUCCAGGGUGCCGCUUUCCUUACAAGUCACAGGACCUCAUCCUUCACAGAUGGGCUUUCAGCAGCAUCGUUUACGGAGUACCCUAGGCACAAACCUUUCAUUAACGCUGACUUGCGACGACCACCUGCCAAGCCAGUCAUUGCAUAUCCAGAGAGUAACAGCAGAGGUAACGAUUUGACUUGGAGGAAUUGGGGGUAGCGUUGGGAAUAAGUUUGCGGUUUGUUUGUAUGUCUGUCUGGAAGGUUCACAACCCUCGAAUCAGUGUGAAAGCACUACCCUUGUUGAGGGAGUGGGAUGCCCGUGUGUGUGUUUUUUUAAAAUGACUUUUAUGAAAUCUUAUCAGCUGAUCUGAAGAAAACUAAAAGGUGGGUUGUUUUAAAAUGCGGUGGCUUCGUAAAAACACUGUCCUUGUGGGUUUUUAAGAACCAGUUGACAAUGGGUUGCUUUCUCCCCUAGGCUUAUUCUUGACCCUUCUUUCCUAUGCAAUCCUUGCUUUCCAACUUCCUAAUGCCAAGGAAAGCAGCAUCUUUGGGUUACUUCAACCAGUAAACCAUAUCUUCUUUCAAUGUGACUUUGGGAGGCCUUGCUCCAUGUUCCCCACCCCCCCUCUGAAGUGAAGCAUGUGGAUAUUGUGGAGCAAGCCCUUUUCUGGAGCAGAGCUCUCUCUGGAAUGGUUUGCGGAAAGAGAUUUGUCAGGCCUGCUUGUUUGUCAUUUCUGCUCGCUUGUGAAGAUUUCUGGGAGUCCUACAUGAAUCUGCUGUUGCAUCUAUAUUAGGAAUGGGGAAUGUAAGGCCCAGAGACCAAACGCAAACCCGCAAACCAUCAGGCCUUAAUAAUAAAUAAUAAUAAUAAUAAUACAGUAAUAAUAAUAAUUUAUUUAUACCCUGCCCAUCUAGCUGGGUUUCCCCAGCCACUCUGGGUGGCUUCCAGCAGAAUACUAAAAUACAAUGAUUCAUCAAAUAUUAAAAGCUUCCCUAAACAGGGCUGCCUUCAGAUGUCUUCUAAAAGCCCAAUAGUUGUUUAUUACUUUGAAAUUUGAUGGGAGGAAACGCUACAGGGCGGGUGCCACUACUGAGAAGGCCCUCUGCCUGGUUCCCUGUAACUUUGUUUCUCACAGUGAGAGAACUGCCAGAAGGCCCUCGGCACUGGACCUGAGUGUCCGGGCAGAACGAUGGGGGUGUAGAUGCUUCUUCAGGUAUACUGGGCUGAGGCCGUUUAGGGCUUUAAAGGUCAGCACCAACACUUUGAAUUGUGCUCAGAAACAUACUGGGAGCCAAUGGAGGUCUUUCAGGACCGGUGUUAUGUUGUCUUGGCGGCCACUUCCAGUCACCAGUCUAGCUGCUGCAUUCUGGAUCAAUUGUAGUUUCUGGGUCACCUUCAAAGGUAGCGCACUGCAGUAGUCCAAGCAUGAGAUAACCAGAGCGUGCAUCAUUCUGGCAAGACAGUCCGUGGGCAGGUAGGGUCUUAUGACCACUGGGACUCCCCUUGUCCAGGCCAUAUACUUACUGAGCCGCAGCCCACACAUUCCCAGCUUUUCACCCUCCUUAAGUGCUUUUGACUGGCCAAGAUGUGUCACUGUAUUCUGAUCAUGCUUCUGGCUUGAUUGGAUGGAGGGCAGAGGGGUAUGUGAGGGUAAAGAAACGAGGCUACAGUACAAAGGCAACCUUCAUACUUAUCACUCUUCCCAUUUCUGUCUCUGGCUCAGACAUAACAGCCUGUCCACUCAUUUCUUACAGUUAUGUGGGAAUAGUCAAAUCACAGGUUCCCUGACCUUGGGGAAGUAGGUGAAGAUAGCAUUUGAGAAACUCAGAGCUUAAAACUACCCUGUGCGAUCUAAACUUCCUUUCCUUUUUUUUUUUUUAAAGAAUAAUUUUUUAUUAACCGACCAAUCACAUCAAAUCAAACCAAAUUACAUAAAUUCCAAAUUACACAGCCGAAUUUUAAAUUUUUGUUGGGGGUACCCAUAUUUCAAGUUCCAAAGGGAUCCAAUCAACUUCUUGCUUCUUACUGCUGUUUUAAUGUCCACUGCCUUUCCUUUUUGAAGCGGUUGCUAGUUAAAUGUGGUUUGUGUUGCCAAGGAGCUCCAUUGGCUAUUACAGAGAAGUGGGUCUGCUAAUUAUUGAUGAGGCUUCCUUUCAGCUCCGCCAGAUGUCAGAGCCUGGGGAACUGAAUUCACACAGUGUUGGUAGCCUUCUGUUUUCCUCCUUGGCAGCAGAAGGUCCGUUUGCUCAAAUAUUUUCUCUGGGAAUUAUUUUAUGGUGUUGAUGCUGUAUGUGUGGCUAGACGCUGACUCUCAAGUUCAGGGCCUGUACUGCUUCAAAUGUGACUGGGAUUUGGGAAUGUGGAGUCCAGUUCCAGAUACUUAUACUUUAAAAAGCAUAGAAUAUACACAGUGUUUCUAAAACUUGGGUCCCCAGCUGUUGUUGGACUACAAUUCCCAUCAUCCUUGACCACUGGUUCUGCUAGCUAGGGAUGAUGGGAGUUGUAGUCCCACAACAGCUGGGGACCCAAGUUUGAGAAACAUUGCCUUAACAAAAGUUCCGGGGAAGGAGCAAUAGCAAUAUAAUAUCAGGGCGGUCUUGCUGAGGGCAAGCUUUAGUGCCAAAAGUUCCACGGUCACAUUUCAAAUGUAAGGCUGUGCCAAUAUCCACCCAAAAAUUUCUUUCCUCUGUGAAAGCAGCUCUCCUCUUUUUCUGCCUCAUUUUCAAAGUACUUUAUCAUUCCUUUAGAAUUUGGGUGGGUGUUGUGUUUUGAGCUUACCUGGUUGCUGGAAGGUGGCCAAGGGUGGUAUGUAUGCUUUCCUUUCCAGUAACCAUUUCUCCAGCACUCCUUAAGCCUCCCUCACUGCCCACACGUCCUGAUUGACAAAAGCGCAAUGGGAGGAGCCACCUUUAAUUGGAGAGCGGACACCCAGGGAGGCUGCAGAGUGCAGAGUACUGGGGAGAUGAUUUGGAGAAUGAAAUAAGGGGUAUUCAUAAGCACCUCACAACCACCACACCAAUCAGGUAAGCACAACGAAACACACCACACUAUCUAAGAUUCACAGAAAACUGGAUUUUGUUGUAACUUCCAUCAGAUGUAUAGCCUAGGAACAGCAUAUCCCAUUUGGGCUUCAACAACCAUCCUUGUGAAAUAGGUUAGGGAGGGAGCUUGGGACUUGCUCAGGUCCACACACAGCUGAACAGUCUUUGAAUGCAGCUUUCUGCAGUCUUAAAUCCAACCCUGUAUCUGCUGCAUCACGCUAGCUCAUUAAUAGCGGGUUCUACCGUAUUUUUUGCACCAUAACACUCACUUUUUUCCUCCUAGAAAGUGCGUGUUAUGGAGCGAAUGCCUGCAGGUGGCUGGGGGGAUCUGCUGCAGUCGUGAGCACAGGAUCCAUGGUUCCCCUUCCUUCCCUCCUCCGUGGUUACAAUGCAUGGAUCCACAUGGAUCCUCAGGGUUUUUGCAUUGGGUUACUCCAAACGCACUGUCAGAUCACAUGUCUGUGGCCACAGCAUGAACCACAAAAAUCAUAUAUCCACUAUUUUGUUUAGAAUAUUUUUUUUCUUGUUUUCCUCCUCUAAAAACUAUGUGCGUGUUAUGGUCUGGUGCGUGUUAUAGAGCGAAAAAUACGGUAAUUCUAUUUGUUGUUGUUGUUAGCAAUAUUCUCAGCUCUGAAGAACCUGCAAGAGAAAAUACGGCGGCUGGAGCUGGAACGGAUUCAAGCAGAGGAGAGUGUGAAAUCUCUGGCCAAGGAAACCUCAGACUAUAAGAAAGUGCUGGGCGAACAGCUGAUGGAAAAAGAGCAGACAAAGUUUGAGGUGUCCAGGAAAAACGAAGGUGUGCAAAUGUCUCUUUUUCUCAACUACAAAUUAAUAAUCCUAGGGGUGUUUGGAUGAGCCCCUUUAAGUUAUUCAGUGAGGUCACUUCCCAUGACCCAAUGUGUAGGCUGUCCAAAGUGAAACACGCCCCCUGCAAAUCUGUGCAUCUGGACAGCAUGUGAGCCUAUCAGGAUCCUCUAUGCACCCUAUGGCAUGUGUGUAAGAGGGAGAAGCAAGAAGCAAAGGGGUAGAAGAAACAGGUUAAUGUCCAAAAACUUACAGUCCAAAGCAUUUUGGUGCAUUGUAGAGGAUUCUGGCAGUGGAAGUGUUUUCCAACGAUCCAACUCCCAGUCUAUCGGGGCCAGAUGUAUGCUAUGUGAUGCCUAAAGCUGAGGUGCUCUGAAAGAGGUGGGGGAAACCAUUUAUUUUUGCACAUUGCCUUCUUCAGAUCCAAAAAGAUCAUUAUUCUGCAAGUAGCAGCUGUUCACUUAGAGUAAGGGUGGGCAGCCAAGUGCCAUGGAGACCUUCUGGGCUAUAAAUUCCCAUUGUCCUUGGCCAGCAUAACCAAUGGCCAGGGAUGAAGAGAGGUGUAGCCCAGGACUUCUGAGGGGCACCAGGAUGCCUAACCCAGCUCAGCAUGCUGAGCUCAUCCUACACAACCACACGGAUGCACAUUUGAGGGGAGGAUCAGUUGUGAUGAGCAAGCUGCCUUUCAGGGGAGCUUGCCUGCCGUUUGAGAUCUCCUCUUUCAGGAGAAGCUUCCAAGGAAUCCCGGAUCACCCUAAAACACAGUUUGAAAACCCUUGUGUUGGAGAAUCGGUGUUGUUAAGGCAAGGUUGAAGAGAUAAAUCCAGGAGCCUUUACUGUAUUGGUAGCCUCAUGGAAUUAGAAUGCACAGCCCAGUUCCAAAAAAAAUUCCAGUUACCAUGAUACCUGAUUGUUCUUACUUCUUGUGGAACUGACAGAUGUCUUUGUAUGGCUCCCAUUGUCAGCGUACGGCUGAAGUUGGGAGUAUGGCUGUGCUUCAGCUGCUGCUUGUUCUCCGCUCGCCUCUUCUGUGUUGAGGCACAUCUUCAGGUGGUCUGAGUAUCUCAGCUUUGGGCUCUGCAUAGUAUAUAUCUGACGCACGUACGUAUGGCAUCUUACCUGCCUCAUUGGUGUUCAGAUGAGUUCUUCCUCCACUCCAUCUCUUGGGCCAUUUAGAAUUUUGAAGACCCUGUCCUUGCUCUAUUGUAGGGCAGGGCAAUAUCUGCUUCCCAGCAUCGUAAUAUACUGCCGAUGUGGUGGUAUAUUAUGACGUCAGAAAGGAGGCAGGGAGGAAGAAGGUAGUUGCUGGCCACGGAGACAAUUGGCAUCACUGUGUGCAGUUUCUGCCUCUUCCUGGCGAGGUCGGAUAGGUGGCGCUGCCCUGGAUGGCGCACAUCAGCUGUUGUAUUGCAUGGUAUGAAGCCAGCCUCCCCGGAACUGCCAACCAUGGCUCACCCUGACGACAGUGUCUCACCGCGCAAGCAGUGGCUACCAGGAGCCGCAGUUCAGUGCGAGGAAGAACGGAGGAAGGAGGCAGCCUGCCAGCGCUCGUGCAGCCAGAGAAAGAAAAUGAAGAUGUUAGCUGGCAGGCAGGCAGGCAAACCCCACUCCCGAGGCCUGUGGCUAGGCUGGGGAGGGAGGGAGGGAGUGGACGAGCAUCAGGUGCCUGAGGGAAAUGCGCUGUGCUGGCUGUGAGCACAUUGCCUGAUCAGAAAUUCUGAAAUCGCUUUUGUGAUUUUAAAUUUAAACCGGCUUCAGGCAGCGUAUCAAUACAUUGCCUAGGCCUACUCUACUAGUCGCUUAGGGCUGUAGCCAACUAAAUUCUUCAUGGAGCAAACCCAUUGAAAUUAAUGGACCUAGGUUGGACUUUUCUGAAGUUUUAGUGGUUUAAUCUGAGCAGUAGGGGUGUAUCCAUUGUUAGUCCCACUUGGACCCAUUGAAAUUGACGGACACAACAAACUUAGGCCCACCAAUGAGUCUACCCUGAAUACAGCUGGCAAUGCCCCAUAGCUUGCAACCUGUAUAGUCCUCAUGGGGUCCAUUAUUAGCAUUGGGGCUGUAAGGUAAAGGGACCCCUGACUAUUAGGUCCAGUCGUGGCCUACUCUGGGGUUGCGGCGCUCAUCUUGCUUUAUUGGCCGAGGGAGCUGGUGUACAGCUUCCGGUCAUGUGGCCAGCAUGACUAAGCCGCUUCUGGCGAACCAGAGCAGCGCACGGAAACGCCGUUUACCUUCCUGCCAGAGGGGUACCUAUUUAUCUACUUGCACUUUUCUGUGCUUUUGAACUGCUAGGUUGGCAGGAGCAGGGACCGAGCAACGGGAGCUCACCCCGUCGCAGGGAUUCAAACUGCCGACCAUCUGAUUGGCAAGCCCUAGGCUCUGUGGUUUAACCCACAGUGUGUACACACCUUCAUAUUCCUAGGACUGGAAAUUCACAGAUGUGAUAGCCAUCUCUCAUUGCCCUCCCUUCAGAGUUGGCAGCUCAGCUGGCAGGUGCCGAGACUCGCUGCAGCCUUCUGGAAAAGCAGCUGGAUUACAUGAAACAAAUGAUUGCACAGGCGGAACUCGAAAAGACCACUGUCUUGCAGAAGCAGGUAUGUCGUCUGCCUUGGUGUCAUCUGGCCUUCUUAAUGCGAAUUCUAUGAAUGUUGCCAACAGCCAUAAUACACCUGGGCUACACACACACACACACACACACACACACACUUAUGGAACUCAGUGCCGCAAGAUGUGGUGAUGGCCAUAAGCUUAGAUGGCUUUCAAAGCUGAGUGAGACAAAUUUCAGAGAAGACGUACUAGCCCUGGUGGGUAUUCCCUACCUCCAGUAUCGAAGUGCAUCUGAACAUCAACUGCAGGUGAAUUCUAACCGGAGGAGCUGUUUCCUCUUCAUGUCCAACAUUUGGGCUUCCUCAAAUGUGGCAUCUGGUCAGCUUCUGUGGGAAACUGAAUGGCAGAGUAGGUGGACCAUCAGUCUGACCCAACCAGGCUUUUAUUAGGUUACGUUGUGGGCCUGGGUUGCCAUCCUGCGGAGCUUGAAAACUAUUCUCCUUCACUGAACAGUUUUGCCACCUUAUCUGCUGCUGGGGCCUGCUGUUGACAUGAUAUAGGCCCUAGUCUCAAAUGUCACAAUAUUCAGCCCUAGAAUUAAAAGGGUUGACACAAGCCUUUUGUGAGCUUCACACACACACACACACACACACACACAUCCUGCUUCACUUUUCUCCCAUUAUGUUGCUGUUUUUUAGUGAGAUGUUGCAGUUGACUAGGGUUGCAGACUUUUACUGCUGUUGGCAACCCCUGUGCUUUUCAGCGGCAGGCAGAAAUUCAGCUGGUGAAGCUCUUCCCGUCACUUCUUUCCUGCCUCUCCACGCCAUGAAUAACUUUCCUCCUUCUGUUUCCAGGCCACAUUAGAAAGAGAGAGAAUCCUUGAUCAAUCGCAUGUGACCUCUAAGUUGGAAAGGUUGGAUCUACUUGAAAAAGAAUAUGCAAGGCUUACGUCGAUGCAGUCUCAUGCAGAGGUAGGUUGUGUUCGUUUGGAUGCCCGAGACCAGGUUUGUGCUCAUUGUGGAUGCUCAGCAUUCUUGUAAUGUAGCGAUGGAGAACCUGUGACCUUCCAGAUGUUUCUGGGCUACAAAUCCCAUCAUCCCUGACCAUUGGCCAUGCUGGCUGGGGCGGAUGGGAGAGUCACAACUUUCUACAUCCCUGUCAUCGUGCCCCCCGAUGGGCUUUCCAGACAAGAUCUGGCUGGCCAUUAUUGGUCUGAUACAAGAAGGGCUUCCUUGGUGUUUGAAUCCACUCAAUUUUUAUACUGGAACUUGGAGCAGAGAUAUAUAAAUGACCUCUGUGGGACUUACUCCCAGAAAACCAUGUAUAGUGUUAACAGUCUGAAAGUUGCAAUAUUGUGCUUCUGCUAUUUUAAAGGUAAGCAUGUCACGUUUUGUGUUCUAAACACUAGGAUAUGUUUUAUCCUUUCUUUUAUUCAUAUGCAAAUGAAAUCAAUUAAAUUCAUUUGAUGAGUUGAUAUAAAUAUUUCUUAAUCAGUUGGCAGCCGUACUAAAUAGGGUAAUGUUUAGAUUUCUUCUUCUGCUGUAGUUUUCUGCAUGAGAACCUCUGAAUCCCAAAUUCUGCUCCAAUAAAACAUGAAUUCUGCUCGCAAGAAAACCUAAAAGCUCAGCCCCAAAAUUAUGCUAUGCCACAUUUAUUUAGCUUAAUAUGGUGUGUGCCUUACACUCAUAUUUAGAUUUCCACCACCACCACCACCAUCGUGCCACCUAUUUUGAUUUUUGUAAAUUUAGUUCUCUUCUGGAUCCCCCUAGUGGUUGAAUAUAACUGCAUAGAUAGCCAUGUCUCCUACUUUUGUGAGCUGUGGCUCUGGUGGCCUCCAGAUCUGUUUCUAUUAUGUAUUCGUUGCCUUUGUAUCCUACUCCAGAAAGGUCAGAGCAGAUCUUACUCCCCAGCAACCCUAAAAGGAGGCUAGAUUAUUUCUUCCCUUUAAAAGAAAAAGGGUGAGCUUAGACCCAGCCUAUCCCCAGACAGAUCAUUGCCUACGGGACACCCUGCUGGAGGCAGGAGGCAAGACUCAAUUGGCUGUUGGGUGAUCUUAGGUUUUGCUUUUGUUUAAACUAGAAAAAAAUGAAAGAGCUGGAAGAGAAGCUCCUGGAGGAAGAACAAGCGCGGAAACGGGUGCAGGAAAAAGCGGCAGAGGCAAGUCCUUCCGAUUUGUGGCCUGAAUUUCUCUGCAGAGGAAAGAACUCCUGAGGGCAUGUAGGAUUUGUAAUUCGUUUGAGGCCUCCUUGCAGAAACAUGGAAUGAUUAGAAACUUCAGUCUGUGCGUAGGCGACAGUCAUGGUAGAAUUUUUUUUCAGAAGAUUGCAAGAAUAUGUCCAGACACAAGCUGCUGAGUAGCAUAAGGUCUUGUCUGCAGGCCUGUUGGUGGGCCAGUUAUUGUGGUCUGCAGAUUAUUAUUAAUUUUAUGACACUGCAGACAUUUUUAGUUGAAAACCUACAUCCAGUUUGUUGGGAUAGAACUCCCCAUCUCCAGCCUUUAAUGCAAAUGCCUCCAAUUACAUGCAGUAGAUGUACAUAUAGAUAUUUGUGUAUCAGUUCCAUGCCUCCAUCACAAAGCAGACUUCUCCAGCCUAGUGCCUGAAUUUGCACUACAAUUCUCAUCAUCCCUGACACUUGCUCAUGCUGGCUUAAGCUGCUGGGAGCUGGAGUUCCAACAACAUCUGGAGGGCAGCAGGUUGGGAGAAGUUUGAUACAGAAGCAGUGGAACAGGAGUUUGGAUAGCAGCUCUGGGCUGUUCCCAUAUAAGGCUCUGGUACCAUCCAGGGGCAGGCUACUCUUUUGAUGGGGAAAACCAGGGCUGGGAUGAAUAUCUAAUAAUACUGCUUUGCACAGUGAACACAAGACACACUAUACACACCCUAUAAACAGUUGCCUUAAGAAGUCCCCCCUCUCUCUCUGAGCCCAGAGAGGGUUUUAGCUUUCAAAAUCUUUGCUUGGACCAAUUCCACAAAGCAAGAAUGAAGUCCCGAUUGCCAAAGUCCUGCAACUACACUGUCCUUCGUCCAGUUUUCCAACAGCCUUUGAAUCUUCAAUUUCUCUCCCACCAGUUUCAGUGUAUCUCUGCACAUCUCCACAGUUUGUCUCCCCUAUUCGUCUCCAUGCAGGAAUGCUGAAUAGUGGGCCUCUUACGCAGGCCGGCUCUACAUGCCGUGUUGCAUAGCAGCAGAGAUAAGGAAUCACAAGCCCUCUGCAGCUGCGUUUUAGGAAGGAACAUUCUUACCAGCUUAUGUAGGAAUUAACACUUUCCUCAACGAAUGGAUGCCUGUGGCUGAACGUGUUUAGCACUUCUGGACUGUGUCAGGGAUGAGGAGCUUCCAGCCCUUGUAAUAUUGUUGGACUACAGUUCCUAUCCCCCGACUAUUGUUAUACUGGCUGGGGCUAAUGGGACUGGGGAGUCCUGCAACAUCUUUGGGGUGACCCAACUGUGGGCUGUGCCUUAGCUGGCAAACCGCCCCUCCCCGACUUCAUCUUCUAUUAUUUUGAAUUAAAGAAAAUAAUAAUAAUAACCCCCAGGCUUAUCUUGGCAGCUUCAGACGGGUUUGGAGAAGAACAGACAGUUGUUGGAAGCACAAACGCAGCCUGUGGUGUUGGUGGAACCGUUGAAACCAAAGAAGAUCAAGAAGAAAGCAAAGCAGCUGGAAAAGGUACAUCACUGGUGCUAAAAGAGCUUAGAUUGCAUCCCUGUUUAGCUGUGGCCCGUAAUCCACAUAAAGCCCUGAUUUCACGCAGCCCUCAUAGAUGGAGUGGAGGUGAGGGACAGCUGUGGAACCCUCCAGUGCUGCAGACUCUGCUCUUUAUUGGCUGUAGUUUCGCCCAUCAUCAGUUCUGGCUCCUCCCACCAUUUGUUGUCACCCUUGAUUGAUUAAUUUCUCCUAACGUGAGUGUUUCUCUUCUCUCUUUUUAGAAUGACCCUGGAAUGGUUCACUGCCACGCACAGCCUCACUAUAGGCUGCGGCUGGGAGAUGUGCCUUUUGUCGCGGGAAAGGUAAGGAAUCAAUGACUUCCCAAGCCCUGAUAACUGAAUGGAGGGCUCUGUGUUCAGAGACAAUACUAGGAAAUGGGGUUUCAAGGUACCCUUCUGCUCAGGGCAGAGAAUCUUGCAACCAUGGCAUCCCUGAGAGCUGGCUGCUCAACCUAUGCCUCAUCUCCAGCAAAGGAGAGCCUGCCAUCACCAGAGGCUGUCUCUUCCAUAGGCAAACAGCUGUUUCUCCUAAUGUUCAGCUGAAAUCGGCUGUCCUUUCCACCCACUGGUUCUUCUCCACUUUCUGCACAUCAUGUUGCUGGCAUUCAUCUGUCUCUGGAGAUGGUGGAGGAGUGUGUCUUUGGAGGUGAAGUCAAGCUGUUGGAUGGUUGCAGUUCCUGCUGUGGCUGUAGAGACUGAUGUGGGGGAGACAUGUUUUGUUGCAGCUGGGGCCGAUGACAGGUCUCAAACCCUCCGCGAGUUAGGCUCUGCACAAAGAUAUUGGAAGGCUGCUAUCGCAGCUCCCCUUAAUUUCCUGUCCCAAAGUCCUAACUCCGUAUAAGCCAGCGUUGUAUGUGCUGAUGCAUAUCCGGGCUACCUUUUGCUCAGCGUUCAAUUCCCCAGGUCGCCUUUGCCUUCUUCACCUUUCCCCCCCCCCUUUACUUUCAGUCCACAAGCCCCAGCCACUCGGUGGGAGCCAACGUUCAGCAUGUGCUGCACCUGAUGAAGCAUCAUUCGAAAGCCCUUUGCAAUGAGCGUGUGGUCAGCAAUGUCCCCUUGAGCAAGCCGAUGGGCAGAGGAAGGAGGAACUCCGGCUCUUCCAUUUCUUCCACGUCCCAGGGAGACCUUUCCGAGGUGCUGUUGACGCUGCAAGACGAACUGGGGCAGAUGGGCUUGUGAGUCAAAACACUUGCGCGCCUUGCGGAUCUUCUGAGCGUGUUCCGUUGUGUGACUCUCGAUUCCGGCAGCUGCCCCACAGACCCCCUGAGCAGAAGUGCAGGUCAUCCUUCACAAUUCUGUCUGAAUGUCGUUGGAAGCAAAGUCUGUGUUGCUUACUCUCAGGGAGAGGAGCAUUGGACUGCAACCUUGGAGUGUCAAAAUAAAACUGCUAGGGCCGUUUUGACAGCUGGGUGGGGCUACCCACCUGCCAAUCACCAGGCAUCACAAUGAUCCCAGAUGACCCCAAAUAAUGUAUUUCCUUUGUGAGCAGGCUGGAUUGGAAGAGCCUUGCUUUGCUGACUUGAAAUCAAGCUUGGCAAUGCAAAGGAAUAUUUGUGCAUGCAGCAAGCCCUGCUUUGGGAACUCCAAAGCAUCGACAGUUCUUCCGGGGCUUGCUGUCACUGCUGAUAGCGAGCCCCACUUGGCAAGGAAUAACGGGAGCACGCUUCAAGACUUCUGAUUGUUCCUUUGCAGAUGCGUCCCCACCCAUUAAGACAUCACAGGUGAUGUCACGUGUAGGGCAGGUGGGCAUAGUUUGAGGGGAAGGGCCUCUAUAUGCUGACGAAGAAAAGGCACUCUGCACAUACUCAGAGACACUCUUAUUGGGUUCCUGGAACUGGAAAGGGGGCAAAGCAAAUAGUGAUGUCCAGAAGAAGAAAAGCAUGCCCCAAGUGACGUGCUACUGCAAGAAAGUUGACUAAAAUCAUAGAAUAGGACCAUUCUGCCCCUGAGAAGAACCCCUAUUUAAAUGGUAGCUUUGCUACAAUAAAGCAUCUGUCUGGGGUUUUGCCUCCCCACCCCAUGCAAAUGCACUUAAAGACAGGCUUCUUGGUCACGUUGUAGCCUCUUCUCUUUCCCUGCCAUUCCUAACAAUGAUGGAUAGCCGACAACUUAAUCCACCAAUUCUGUUUUCCUCCAAUCUAUCGCAAACACCCUUUAUGUUGGUAAAUGUGCUUAUUCAUCUGCCUGUCGAAAAAAUAAUAUUUUUUGUCACUGGUUUAACAGCCCUAGAUUUUGAAGUUGGAUUGUUUCCUCUACUUGCAAAGCGACUCUGAAAAUGUAUAUGAAACAUGUUCUUAGCGAGCAAAAAGCAAGUUUAAUCCGCCCCCUGCCCUGAAUCUUUCUAUUGCAUGUAAGCGAUCACCAGCAGCUGGUAAAACUCAUCCAUGAGGCUCCAACGAUUGCCGUAAGAGAAGACCUAGAGAGGGAGCUGGAAGUGCUGGUGAAGAAGAUGGAAGCCAAGGCAGAACAGAUCUGUAAAAUCCAGAGGCAUCGAGCGCGGGUGAGUUGCCCUGCUGCCUGAGUUCUGGCACCUGGAAAGAAGGAAUCAUUACAGUCACUCCCCGCAAGAUGAUGCUGGACUAUUACUCCCAUCAUCCCUGGCCAUUGGGGCCGAUGGGAGUUGGAGUCCAACAACCUCUAGAGGACCGCAGGUUGAACAACAAUGCCACAACUUUUGAGCAGCUCGAUUGCUUUUUAUAAUAGGUGAUGGCAAACAAUUACGUAGUGCCCCGCUGGCCAUCCCUGCACAAGGCAAAUGUACAACAGAUAAAGGAGGUGCACCUGAGCUUGUACUCUCUCCUCCAGGGAUGGAGGAAGCUGUGGCUUUCCAGAUGUUGGACUGCCAACAGCAGUAGCCAGCAUGGCCAAUGGUCUGGGGUGCUGGAAGCUGUAGUCCAGCAACAUCUGGAGGGCCACAGGUGCCCGCCCUCUCUACUCUGAUUAGCAGCAGCUCCAGAUGUUUUCAGACUCCCAUCGCUUGGCCAUGCCGGCUGGGUCCGAGUCCACCAUUGGUGGGCUGCAGGUUCCCCUUCUCCGAUUUAAUGCACUUCUAUUCCACCUUUCAAAGUGUGAAUUGGUCCAUUGAUGAGUAUUUUACACUAAUAUGCACCACUUAAUUGUCUUUCCAUUAAGCUGUUUAUAAUUUUUUGCGAAAUAAAUAAAUAAAACCUAAAAAUGAAUGUCAGGGUGGCUUCGAGCUGUAACUCAACAGUAGAACAUCUGCUUUGCAUGCACAAGGACCAGUCUUCAAGUAGAACAGCCGGGAUAGCUCAUUUUGUACAUACAGCAUGAGACUCUGAAUCUCAGGUUUGUGGGUUCGAGCCCCACAUUGGACAAAAGAUUCCUGCAUUGCAGGGGGUUGGUCUAGAAGACUCUUGUGGUCCCUUCCAACUCUACAAUUCUGUGACCACAGAAAUAUUGAAGAGCUGCUGCCAGUCACUGUUGACAGUGCUAAGCUACAUGGACCAAUGAGUCCAACUCUGUAUAAGGCAGCUUCCUAUUAAAAUAACAUCUGGAACAACCUAUGAGGGGGAAAAACAUGUUAUGGUAGAAUAACUGUAGACCAUAACAGGUCUGUAGAAUAUAGUUUUCUCGAAGAAGAAAAACCUCUCUCCCCGCAGAGUUGGUGAAGGGGAUUGGAGGGAAGGAAGAAUAUUCCUGAGGUAAAAAGCAGGCCAUUCUGAAAUGCCCUCUCCCCUUCUCCUUUUUUGACCUCGCAGCUGGCGAAGCAGAAGAGGGAAGGCAGGCUCUCUUGUCCUCAGCAGCCAAGCAGAGGCUGCGAAGCGAAAACGAAGGUCAACCGGGUGAAAGACGCUGGCCUGAAGAGGAGACCCGGAGAGCAGGGCAAGAAGAGUCUGCAAUUGCUGAGGGAAAUGCAAAGCAUACAGACCUCCCUUCAGAAAGAUGACAACAGUUGGGACUACUGAGGCGUCUUGCGUGUGUGAUGGUUGUUGUUUUUUGCACCUUUUCUGGCGUGCUGGCUCCAAUCUCAGCUGCCUUCCCUGCACUUUCUAAACAAAAGCCCCUCAUUCCCCAUCUGUGGGCUUGAUCAGAUUACAGCCCCUAAUCCUGAUGCAGGAGGUGGGGAGGGAAGAAAUAAGAUAACCCUUAUUAUUCUUUUAGCACGUCAACAAUCCCUUUGCUGUGAACCAUUGUAUUCUCCUUACCCUACAACUCAGGCAAUUAAUCUAAUUGCUCACCAGGGGCGACUCUUUCCUAAGCCUAGAGGCAGACAAUAGUGAUUUUCUUCCCCACUCCCCUCCACAGAAGAGGGUAUAAUGGAGGCAUAGUUGUCUCCGGUAUGCAGGUUUUGCAGGCCUUUGCCCUGCUUCAAAAAUGUCCACUGCCGUCUUGACCAGUGGGGUGAAAGACACAAAAAGGUGUUAUUACAUUACCUUUCAACUCUCCUAAAAUGCAUUGUUUUGUCUUCAGCCUUAAACUGCUCCCUCUCCUGCAAUUCCUCCCAAAAUUGCUUUAUGUGUGGUGUUGGGUAUUUUCCACUUCAGAUGUUCAAACGUUCUCAGUAAGACGUUCUCAUUUCGAAAAAUGGAAGUUUUGUAAAGAGUGACCUCUUCAAUAUUCAGUUGACUACCUAAAGGCUUUUACCUCAGCUUAUAAUUAAGGAUGCUUCCUUCAGUGUUUUUCCAUCCUUGGAAUCUUAAUAAUGUGGUUUCAAAGAGGAACUGAACAGCUAUCUGUAUCUUCUCUCUUGGUUUUUUUCUCCUUGCAGAAGAGUGAAGUCAAUGUGUUUCUUUUUAAAAAAACAAAACACACGCAACAGCACCUCCGAUCAUGGCUGUUCUGGUAUUGGCAGCUGGUUUUUAACUUGGCUUUUAAUAAUUUUAUCCUUAACUGGACUAGGAGAUCUGGUGGCUGUCGUGGUACUAUGGAUUUUUAUAAACACACACAUGCACAGAGACAUAUUAUUUAUUACAUUAAUAAUGUAAAGUCUUUCCAAUUAUUGGAAUGUAAUGAUGACUCAAAAAAUUGUGCUUUUUGAGGUUUGAUUGGGAUCCAAUAAAGGCAACUUGCCAAUUGAAUAAAUUAGGCGGAAAACAACUUCUCUUGAACUUUUCCACUUUACAAGUACUAGUGCAACUCAAGGAUCCAUAUGCUCUAAACAAAUCUGGAAAGCCGGUUGCAUUCAGAGAUUGAUGCUUUUGUGUAUGUUAAGUAUAGCCUGUGCUUCCUGCAGUGAGACUUGCCAGCAUGCAACCUGGACAGUACAUGCAAAACCCUCAUCACCUGCUAAAGCAAAAACAAGGUAGCAAGGACCCCUGACUGUUUUUUUCUGUGGACCUGCUGCAAGCUCCCCUCCCUCACCCUCCUUUGUGAGCAGACAGCAAGGCACUGCUGUCUUUGCCAUCUCUGCUCAGAUGCCCUGAGGAAUAGCAGCAGGACCCACUGCUCAGGGAGUGUCGUGCGUCACCUGGGUCUCCCUGAGCCGUUUCUGCGUCAUGGCAAAGGACUGCCUUUGCAUGAACUGGAACAAGGCCACAGCAAAUCGAAAGCAAUCAAAUAUGCCUUUCCUUUUGUCAAGAGUUGUGUCCCAAUCCUUCUUGGCCCUUCAAGCCUUAAGCAAGUCAGUCUCUCUUUGGCAAUGCAAGUGGAAUGCAAAAUGUUAAACCAGGUGUGCCAACUUUGAGAUAUAUUUGCAAUUAAGUUGCUUCCACCUUACCUUAGUUUCCCCACCAAUUGAGCUCAGAUAUGAAAAGUACCUACCUUAAGCAAAUGCCCACAUGUCCAGAACAAGUGACAGCUGUACUGUACAGUCAUGUCAGUGGUGACAUCAAAUGGUCAUUUGUCCUUGAGCGACUUGGAAGCACCUGAACGUUGAUUGCUCCCUUGGAAAGGAGGCCACAAGCAGCCCCACGGAAGACUGAUGCAUAAAUAAAUAUAAGGUGCUAUUUUAAAGCU